AUGGCUGCAGCUCCCGAGUGCCCUAUUAAGAGAGCCAACGUCGGCGGCGGUGGUACCCGCAACCGCGACUGGUGGCCCAACGAGUUGAAGGUCAACAUCCUUCGCCAGCACACCGGUGUCAACAACCCUCUGAGCAAGGACUUUGACUAUGCUCAGGCAUUUAAGAGCUUGGACUAUGAGGGUCUGAAGAAAGAUCUCCACGCUCUGAUGACAGACUCACAGGAGUGGUGGCCUGCGGAUUUCGGUCAUUAUGGUGGCCUGUUCAUUCGAAUGGCCUGGCACAGUGCUGGCACAUACCGUGUGUAUGAUGGUCGCGGUGGUGGCGGUGACGGUCAGCAGCGUUUUGCUCCUCUCAACAGCUGGCCCGACAAUGUGUCUCUCGACAAGGCCCGCCGCCUCUUGUGGCCCAUCAAGCAGAAGUAUGGCAACAAGAUCUCAUGGUCUGACCUGAUGCUCCUCACUGGCAACGUUGCUCUCGAGUCCAUGGGUUUCAAGCCCUUUGGCUUCGCUGGCGGUCGUCCCGAUACCUGGGAGGCUGAUGAGUCCGUCUACUGGGGCGGUGAGACCACCUGGCUUGGCAACGAUGUCCGUUACUCGAAUGGCAAGGCCGGUCUCACCGGACCUGGCGUCAUUGACGGAGACGAGUCCAAGAAGGAGUACACUGAUAUCCACAAGCGCGAUCUCGAGAAGCCUCUGGCUGCGGCCCACAUGGGUCUGAUCUAUGUGAACCCUGAGGGCCCAGAUGGCAACCCCGACCCGGUUGCUGCUGCCCGUGAUAUCCGCACUACCUUCGGCCGCAUGGCUAUGAAUGACGAGGAGACCGUCGCUCUGAUUGUUGGUGGCCACAGCUUCGGCAAGACCCAUGGUGCUGCUCCUUCCGACAAUGUUGGUGCGGAACCUCAGGGUGCAGACCUCGAAGAGCAGGGCUUUGGCUGGAAGAACAGCCACGGCUCUGGUAAGGGACCGGACACCAUCACUUCUGGUCUCGAGGUCAUCUGGACCAAGACUCCUACCAAGUGGAGCAACAAUUACCUUGAGUACCUGUACAAGUACGACUGGGAGCUCACCAAGUCUCCUGCUGGCGCCAACCAGUGGGUGGCCAAGACCAACGACGAGAUCAUUCCCGACGCAUACGACUCCAACAAGAAGCACAAGCCUACCAUGUUGACCACCGACUUGUCUAUGCGCUACGAUACCGAGUAUGACAAGAUCUCUCGCCGAUUCCUCGAGAACCCCGAGCAACUUCGAGAUGCUUUCGCUCGUGCCUGGUUCAAGCUACUCCACCGUGACAUGGGUCCAAGAACUCGCUGGCUCGGUCCCGAGAUCCCUAAAGAGGUCCUCAUCUGGGAAGACCCUGUCCCUGCCUCCGAGGGCCCUACUAUCGACGACAAGGACGUGGCCGCCCUGAAGAAGGAGAUUCUUGCUGCCGGCAUCGAGCCUACUCAGCUCAUCGCCACUGCUUUCGCUUCUGCCUCCACUUUCCGCGGCAGCGACAAGCGUGGUGGUGCCAACGGCGCUCGCAUUCGUCUUGCUCCUCAGAAGGAUUGGGAGGUUAACAACCCUGCCCAGCUCUCCAAGGUUCUCAGCGCCCUUGAGGGUGUUCAGAAGAAGUCCAGCAAGAAGGUUUCUCUUGCCGAUCUGAUCGUCCUCGGUGGUGUUGCUGCUCUUGAGAAGGCUUCUGGUGCCUCGGUCCCCUUCACUCCUGGCCGUACCGAUGCUACUCAGGAGCAGACCGAUGCCCAGUCCUUCGAGCACCUUGAGCCUUACGUCGACUCUUUCCGCAACUAUGGCAAGGGUACUGACCGCGUCCGUACGGAGCAGUUCCUCAUCGACCGUGCUCACCUUCUGACUUUGACUGCCCCCGAGCUGACUGUCUUGGUCGGUGGUCUGCGUGUCCUCAACCAGAACUGGGACGGUUCGUCCAACGGCGUCUUCACCAAGCGCCCCGGUCAACUCACCAACGACUUCUUUGUCAACCUCCUGGAUACUCGAACACAGUGGAAGGCCACCGACGGCUCAAAAGAGACCUAUGAGGGUGUUGACCGCCAGACCGGCGAGAAGAAGUGGACGGGUACUCGUGCAGACCUUGUCUUCGGCUCGCACGCUGAGCUGCGCGCCAUUGCUGAGAUCUACGGCCAGUCCGACAGCCAAGAGAAGUUUGUUAAGGACUUUAUCGCUGUAUGGGACAAGGUCAUGAACCUUGACCGCUUCGAUCUCAAGACUGCCAGUGGUGCCGCAAAGGCCAGACUGUGA